ACUUCUCCAGAGCAAACAAAUAUCCUGUAGUGACUGUAGUUUUCCUCCUACACAAGCCAGCGAGCUAUAUCCAGCAAGAGCAAUGGAGGAAAGUAAUGGUGAAGCAUUUCUGGCCCUUAAGACCUCAGCCUCACCAACAGCACCCAUGACAACAAAUCCAAUGGACGAAACCAUCCCUGGAAGUAUCGACAUUAGAAUUCUGAUCCCAAAAUUGAUGAUCAUCAUCUUCGGACUGGUCGGGCUGAUGGGAAACGCCAUUGUGUUCUGGCUCCUGGGUUUCCGCUUGCUCAGGAAUGCCUUCUCAGUCUACAUCCUAAACUUGGCCCUAGCUGACUCCCUUUUCCUCCUCGGUCAUAUCAUAGCUUCCACCCUGUUUCUUCUCAAAGUUUCCUACCUCAGCAUCAUCUUUCUCUUGUGCUUUAACACCAUCAUGAUGGUUGUCUACAUCGCAGGGAUAAGCAUGCUCAGUGCCAUCAGCACUGAGUGCUGCCUAUCUGUCCUGUGCCCCACCUGGUAUCGCUGCCACCGUCCAAUACAUACAUCAACUGUCAUGUGUGCUGCGAUCUGGGUCUUGUCCCUGUUGAUCUGCAUUCUGAAUAGCUAUUUCUGUGGUGUCUUACAUACCAAAUAUGAUAAUGACAAUGCGUGUCGGGCAUCUAACUUCUUUUCUGCCUCAUACAUGAUAUUUUUGCUUGUGUUCCUCUGUCUGUCCAGCCUGGCUCUGCUGGCCAGGUUGUUCUGUGGUGCUGGGCAGAUGAAGCUUACCAGGUUUCAUGUGACCAUCUUACUGACCCUUUUGGUUUUUCUCCUCUGCGGGUUGCCCUUUGCCAUCUACUGCUUCCUGUUAUUCAAGAUUAAAGAUGAUUUCCAAGUAUUUGAUGUUAAUCUAUAUCUAGCAUCAGAAGUCCUGACUGCUAUUAACAGCUGUGCCAACCCCAUCAUCUACUUCUUCGUGGGCUCCUUCAGACAUCGGUUGAAGGACCAGACCCUCAAAAUGGUUCUCCAGAGUGCACUGCAGGACAUUCCUGAGACAGCUGAAAACAUGGUUGAGAUGUCAAGAAGCAAAGCAGAGCCUUGAUGAAGAGCCUCUGCCUGGACCUCAGAGGAGGCUUUGGAGUAGCACUGCCCUGCUGCAUUUGACCACUGUCCACUCUCCUCUGAGCUUACUGACUUGACAUGCCUCAGUGGUCCACCAACAAAUUCAACAUCUCUCCACUAACUUAGUUUUUCUACCCCGCCUGAAUAAAAGCAUUAAUCAGAAA